GCUUUAGUAGUAUAAGGACAUUUUAGUAUUUUCUGUUCUAAAAAGUAAAGUCCUUUCUUUCUGAUUUCUCUAGUGUUGAUAGAUCGAUGCACAGCUCGAACCCUAGCUCGAAUUUCAUCUACGUUUCUCUGUAUCAGCGAUUCAUCUUGGCUUUGAACUACGAUGUUGGGGUUUGAUUUUGAUUCGAACAGGACAACUGAUCGGUACACACUUUGUUGAGAGGCUGCACUUGGCAGAUUUAUACUAAAGGGAGGAUUGUCAUCGAUUUAGAUUAACCCGGGGGUAUCCACCAACAAUAAUUCUUUGGAGGCUUUUAAAAGUUAAAGCUUGAAACUCGAUCUAGCCAUACUUGGUAUAAUUUGCAGCUCACUCGAGAAGGUUGGUAGUAAAAAUGAUUUCAGUUGGUCCACAUAGUACAAAUGGUAAUGAUAAAAUUGAAAUCUUGAAGCAUUUAACCAGUUAAGAAGCUACAAUAUUAAAGGGAGAAUAAAAUUGCAGUGUAAAGUUAUGGUGGACAGAAUUGAAAAUCUAGCCACUGAUAGUCAUAUUAUGAAGACAGGAGUUUUAAAAGAUCUAGAUGAGGCAAAUUUAUUUGAUGUUGUUGUUGAAGAGGACCCACAUGUUUUUAUGGAUGAAGAAGAAUUUUUUGAUGAUGUCAGUGGAGAUUCAGCUGACUCAGUUGUGGAGUUUAAUGUCUCUGAUAUAGUAUGGAGCAGAGUACCAAGCCAUCCUUGGUGGCCUGGGCAGAUAUGCGAUCCCGCAACAUCAUCAAAAAAAGCCAUGAAAUAUUUCAAAACAGGUAGAUAUCUGAUUGCCUUUUUUGGGGAUCAUACAUUUGCAUGGAAAGAGGCAGCAAUGGUAAAACCUUUUGAGGAAUAUUUUUCGGAGUUGCAGAAGCAGAACAAAUUGGAAAUUUUUCAUCAGGCAAUUGAUUGUGCGUUGGAAGAGUUCUCCAGACGAGUUCAGCUUAGCCUUGCAUGCUCUUGUUUAUCAGAAGAAUUGUAUUCGAAGCUCCAAACUCAAACAAUUACUAAUGCAGGAAUCCGCAAGAAGUUUAGUAAAAGAGUGGGUGGGGACAGCUUUCUUACUCCAGCAUCUUUUGAUCCAAUGAAGUUUAUAAACAUUGUUAAGGAGGUAGCCAUGUCACCUGCUGGUGAAGUUGACAAGUUAGAACUAGUUCGUGCACGUGCUCAGUUGUUGGCAUUCAAUCGAUGGAAGGGUUAUUAUGAACUGCCCAAGUUCCAUAAACACAAUGUAGUGUUCAAUGAUAUUGAUCGCAUUUUCGAUGUAAAAAAUGAUUAUCAAAGUGAAUUGAUGGAGGAUUUAGCUAUAGACGUUAAACAUAAUGAAGCGACCCUAAGUGGGGAAGGAAAUUUGAAAUUUCAUGACAAUUCCAGUGGCAAGUGUAAGGAUAAUUCUGAGGACAUAAAAGUCACUAGUAUAAAGGGCAAGAAUUUGGCUGAUUCAAUUUCCGAAAAGCCUCGUCGUGGCCGGAAGAAGAAACUUAGACCUGAAGACUAUGCUGGCAAUGAAUUGAGUUGGCAUGCUUCAAUUACAAAACAUGAGGUAGCCUGUAAUGACAUGAACAUUCCAAUAACUCAUAUUGAGUCUGGGAAGACUGGCCAAACUUUUAGAGUUGGAGAUCGCAUUCAAAAGGUCGCUUGCAAAUUGAACGAGUCGAAUCCGAUGUUGAAGCAUGAUGAUGGAAUAUCUCAAAAUGUUGUUCGAAAGGGGAGGCGAGGCAGAAAGCGCAAGGAGACCACGGAACUAGUUUCUGGUGGGCAGACUGAAAAUAAGCCGAUGAAGGCAAAUAAAAGAAGAAACAUAGCCCCGGUAGAAGCAUCUGACUCUGAAUUUAUUAAGGACACAUAUUGGACUGAUAGGUUAAUCCAGGGCAUUGCUGAAGAUCAAUUAUCUUUUGAAAAUCAAAAUGAAACUGUGGAUGCUCACGUCCAGACUGCAAGUGAGAGGGUUGUCCAAAGUCAAAAUGAAACUGUGGAUGCCCAUGUCCAGACUGCAACUGAAAUGGUUGUCCCUACGGGUCUGAAUUCUACUGAUAAAGAUGAGCCUCUUGAAUCUGUUGAACCAGAAUCAGAGAAUGGUGUGGAGGAUCCCUAUCCGACAGCUCUGAUUUUAACCUUUACAGACUUGGAUUCUGUCCCUUCAGAAACAAAUUUGAAUGAUAUAUUUAGAAAAUAUGGGCCUUUGUACGAGUCAAAGACUGAAGUUAUGAAGAAAAGUAGACGCGCUAAAGUAGUUUUCAAGAGAACUUCUGAUGCUGAAACAGCUUUCAGCAAUACGGGGAAAUGUAGCAUUUUUGGGACUGCCCUUGUUAGUUACCGCCUCAAGUUCUUGCCUCCAACUAAAGUUUCUUUGCGUCAGACCAGGAGAUGCAGAAAAGAAGUGAAUCUCGAGAAUGAACUGCUACUUGAUGCCUAAAGAUUAAGGUUUUGAAUUGCAGCCUUCUCAGCCAACUUGAAGAGAAACCAGUAUGUACUACUUUCGCUUUAAGUGAUGUAUGUUUUCACCUCAUAUUGAUAGUUUAACUUGGUAGAGUUAACUUGCAAAUAAAUAGGACUUGGCUGAUACUUUCUUCAUAGACAUGGUAGUAAAGAUACUUGGAAUUAGUUUGUACAUGGUAGUUUAUCUGUCAAAGGGCAUAUUGGAGUGAAAUCAUGUCCUCAUUUACUGCCUUUCGGAUUUUGUAGGACAAUAUUUAUGUUGUAUUACUACAUCGUGGAUUGUUGCCUAAGGUAAUGGAUUUUCUUAACUAA